AUGCCUCGUGGUCAGAAGAGUAAGCUCCGUGCUCGUGAGGAACGCCGCCGUAACAGAGGUGAGACCCAAGGUCUUAACGCUCAGGCCGCCACAGCAGGGGUAGAAGAGACCACUUCCUCACCCGCUUCUGUUUCUCAGGGUACUCCCCCGAGCUCCGCUGCUGCUGGCACUCGCCAGGAGCCUCAGGGAGCCGCAGCCACUAGCUCUCGUGAUGCAGGGUUUUCAUGCCCAGGAUAUGAUGUACGUGCCAAGGGCCAAGUUGAGGAAAGUAAAAAUUCCUCCCAGGCCUCAACCUCCAGUGAUCCUGGAAAGGAUCUUGUAGCCAGGAAGGCAGGGAUGUUGGUGCAGUUCAUGCUGUAUAAAUAUAAGAUAAAGGAGCCCACUAAAAAGGGAGAAAAGCUGAAGAUUGUCAACAAAAGGUAUAGGGAGCACUUCCCUGAGAUCCCCAGGAGAGCCUCCGAGUGCAUGAAGCUGGUCUUUGGCCUAGAAUGGAAGGAAGUCAAGCCGAACAGUCAUUCCUAUGCCCUUGUCAGCAAGCUACAUGUCAGCGAUGAUGGGCGUUUGAGGACCUGA